UUAUACCCUCUCAGAUCGACCUUGGCCAGAGUCUUCACCAUGCCAAACUGGGGCGGAGGUGCAAAAUGCGGAGCCUGUGAAAAGACGGUUUACCACGCAGAGGAAAUCCAGUGCAAUGGGAGGAGCUUCCACAAGGCCUGUUUCCACUGCAUGGCCUGCAGGAAGGCUCUGGACAGCACCACAGUGGCAGCUCAUGAGUCAGAGAUCUACUGUAAGGUCUGCUAUGGGCGCAGGUAUGGCCCCAAGGGGAUCGGGUUUGGACAAGGAGCUGGCUGCCUUAGUACGGACACAGGCGAGCACCUCGGCCUGCAGUUCCAACAAUCCCCAAAGCCAGCACGCGCAGCCACCACGAGCAACCCUUCCAAGUUCUCCACGAAGUUUGGAGAAUCGGAGAAGUGUCCACGGUGCGGGAAGUCGGUAUACGCUGCCGAGAAGGUCAUGGGUGGUGGCAAGCCUUGGCACAAGACUUGCUUCCGCUGCGCCAUCUGUGGGAAGAGUCUGGAGUCCACAAAUGUCACGGACAAGGAUGGGGAGCUUUACUGCAAAGUUUGCUACGCCAAAAACUUUGGCCCCACCGGCAUUGGGUUUGGUGGCCUUACACAGCAAGUGGAAAAGAAGGAGUGAACGAGUGUGCAUUCUC